AUGUUCGAGAUGAAGAGCGAUACUACAACUAAGUACGAGGCAGUGGUAGUCGGUGCCGGGCCUGCUGGAAUUGCCGUAGUAGGCAAUCUUCUGGAGCAGAAUAAGGCGCCUAUAUUAUGGGUUGAUCAUGAAUUACAGGGUGGACGACUGAAUAAGUACUACCGGGAGGUCCCAAGUAACACCAAAGUCAAGCGCUUCAUAUCAUAUGCUGAGGGUGUUUCGGCCUUCCUGGCCGUGGCCAAGGAGACUCCAGCGCCGAACGCGUACACACAUCUGCAAGACCUCGACCGGGAGAACACAUGUCAGAUUGCCGAAGCAGCCGACCUUUGCCUCAUGCUCACCAAAGGUCUGAAUGAAUCGAGAGGAGUUCAUAAGCAGCUCGGGGAAGUAUCCGGUGCGUCGUGGUCAGAUCUAAACAACUGGAGCGUCACCAUUACAUCGCCAGACGAAAAAUUCCCCGGACCCUCCACAGUUUCGGCGAAUCUUCUAGUCCUAUGCACAGGCGCCGCGCCCAGUACUGGGCCUCUCCCUGUCACCAGUGUCAAGGAAAUCGGACUGGACCCCGCCCUGAAUCCCCCACUUCUCGCCAAGAUCCUCCCUUCCACCGAAAAGCAAACAGUAGGCGUGAUCGGAGCCUCCCACAGCGCUAUCCUCGUGCUCCGUAACUUAUACAAUCUUGCCAGCUCAUCGCAUCCUCAUCUCCGUAUCAAGUGGUUCACUCGCCAUCCCCUACGCUACGCCGAAGAGCGCGACGGCUGGAUCUUCCGCGACAACACUGGUUUGAAAGGUGCUGUUGCAACAUGGGCCAAGGAGAAUCUCGAAGAAGAUGUCUUGCCCUCUUCCGAUGUGAGCAGAUUUCUCGAGAAGGUCAGCACGACUAGAGAUAAAGAGCAAGACACCUACCUAGAACACCUCCCAGCAUGCUCUCACGUAGUCCAAGCAAUCGGUUUCCACCAGAACAAAAUCCCGAUAUUGGAGCAAGGUGGAAAGAGACUAGAAGUCCGUCACAACGAUUGCACUGCUGGCUUUGUGGAUACUAGCGGAGAGAAGGUCAAGGGGUUGUAUGCCGCUGGCAUCGCGUGGCCUGAGAAGGUGACAGAUCCUGAGGGAAACGUCGAGCAUGCCGUUGGGUUGGCAAAGUUCAUGAGUUACCUGAAUAGAGUUGUGCCGGAAUGGACAUCAAAAUAG